AUGCCAUUUUAUAUUGGUGAUGGUAUAAUAUCAGGUGAGGUGGAGUUUGUAUUUGGUAUAGUGGGCCAGUUGAAGAUAGCAACCAAACGUUGGUGGGACCGCCUAAUCGGAUUAGUGAAAAAUUGUCUCCGUAAAUCUCUUGGUCGGGCACUAUUGGAUAAUGAAAAUUUAUCAACUGUACUAGUAGGGAUAGAAGCCUCCCUUAACAGCAGACCCAUUGUAUAUGAAGAGGGAGAUGAAGACAAUACGGAAGCCUUGACACCGGCACAUUUCCUAACGGGUAGAAAAUUAACAUCCAUACCCACAAAUCCGAAUAACAAUCUUAGACUUACGAAACUCUUCAAACAACAACAAGACGUGUUGGAUAUAUUUUGGAAAAGAUGGUCCAAAGAAUAUCUGCUGCAACUUCGCUCUUAUCACCAAUUUCGCAAUAUUCAUAAAUCCUUCAACAUCCGUGCAGGAGAUCUUGUGCUACUACAAGAAGACGUCAGACCCAGACACAUGUGGAAGAAAGCCCGAAUUACCAACCUAAUUAAGGGACGUGAUGGGGAAAUCCGAACAUGUGUGUUAAGAGUGAAUGGAAAUACUAUAACUCGACCCAUACAGCUGGUCAUCCCUCUAGAGGUUGACCAGGGUGGGGAGGAUGUUAUCCGUCAUCAAUAA